AUGAGGCUCACUGCAGAGCUCAUCCACAAUUCCCUGUCGUAUUUGAACCCUCUCAAAGAGCGCGAACUCGACCUCCGAGGCCAUAAAAUCCCCAUCAUCGAGAAUCUGGGUGUUGCAGGCCCGCAAGAUGCCAUUGAUUUCACCGACAACGACAUCACCACCCUCUCCAACUUCCCUCUCUCCCCCCGACUAAACACCCUGCUGUGUGCGCGAAACCGAAUACAGGGCGUGGACAAGAGAAUCGCAGAACAGUUACCCAACCUGACAACGCUUGUCUUGACGUCAAAUCAUGUCAGGGAACUGGCUGAUCUCGAGGGACUGGCUGCCUGCGGAGCGUUGACACACUUGAGUUUACUGGACAAUCCCGUAACAAAGAAGGAGCACUACAGACUCUAUCUCAUCUGGUCGAUCCCCUCGUUGCGGUUCCUCGAUUUUCAGAAAGUGCGACAACUCGAACGAGAGAGGGCAACCGAGCUGUUUGGCUCCGUGGAAGCACCCACAGAACUGGCUACGAAGAUCAAGGGAGUCAAGAGCCGGACAUUUGACAUGUCUGCAGGCGGUGUCAAUGGCAAGGCCACAGCAGCGCAAAAGAGUGUCCGGACGCGGUUGACCGAGUCGGAGAAGAAGCGGGUGGAAACGAUGAUCCAAAACGCCAAAAGCUUUCAAGAGAUUGAACGAAUUGAAAAGGAUCUUGCCGAGGGCAGAAUACCUGCUGGUGCGGCAGAUGCCGACCGGAUGGUUUCCUGA